CAAUAAUAAGAAAACAACAAUGGUGUUUGUCAGUUAAAUGUUGUGGCGGGCAAUAAGGAAGCUUUUUUCUCUCUGUUUUUUUGCUUUUGAAAAAGCUUGACAGACAUCUCACAUUCCUAUCUGAUUUUCCUCAAAGCCAUUAUCUUUGAGUUCAUGGUAUGGAUCUCUGUUCUUUCUUAUGCUUCUCAUUCUUACGCAGGUCAUAGAGUUUUUCUUUUGUUGGGUUCUUCAAAAAAAUUGAUUCUUGAUGAAUGAAAUAGUGAAGGAAUCUUAAUAGGUGCUCACUUUUUGUGUAAAUGAGCUGUCUUCUAAGAAUUUCUUUGAACAGCUGAAAGUGCAUUUGUAAAUUGAGAGCAAGAUUUGGAGUGCAGAAGUUGAAAUUUCAUUCUGAGAAACACUCGGGCUAAUGACGAGGGUCAGUCCGGAAUUCGGAGAAGAGGUGCAAGCUGUUUGGCCAGUAUCGGCUGAUGUGAGUUUUCAGACAGAAAAAUUCCCUAAGUACAAGUUAGGACCUGAUAAUGAAAUUUUGGAGGAGAUUAAAGAGGACAGUAAAGUUCCACCAUUGAAGGAAGUUGUAGUUCAAGAAACAAAUCAGUUAACUGAACAACAUAAGCGUCUUUCUGUUCGGGACCUGGCUAGUAAAUUCGACAAGAAUUUGGCAGCAGCAGCAAAAUUGACUGAGGAGGCCAAACUCAAAGAGGUGGCAUCUUUAGAAGGGCACGUGCUUCUGAAGAAGCUUAGGGAUGCUUUGGAAUGUCUGAAAGGAAAGUUGGCUGGUCGAAACAAAGAAGACGUUGAGAGAGCAAUUUCAAUGGUGGAGGCCUUGGCAGUGAAGCUGACUCAAAAGGAAGGGGAGCUAAUUCAAGAGAAGUUCGAAGUGAAAAAGCUAGUGAAUUUUCUCAAGCAGGCUUCUGAAGAUGCUAAAAAGUUGGUCAACCAGGAGAAAUCUUUUGCCUGUGCCGAAAUCGAGAGUGCAAGAGCUGUUGUUCAGAGGAUUGGGGAGGCUUUAGAGGAACAAGAAAGAAAUCAAAGCUCAGGCAAACAGCAGGAAAUGGAGGGACUAAUUGAGGAGGUUCAAGAGGCCCGGAGAAUUAAACUUAUGCAUCAGCCUAGGAAGGUAGUGGACAUGGAGCACGAACUUCGAGAACUGAGGCUUCAAAUCCGAGAGAAGUGUACAAUUUCACUUCAGCUUCAAAACGAGCUGGCAAUGAGCGUGAAAACUGAGGAAAACGUAUCCCGAUUUUAUGAGUUAAAUGGGGCUGAGAAUUUAGGUUCGAUUUUACGAAUUCAGACCUGUUCGGAUGAAGCAGUAGAGCUCGGGAAAUGUUCGAUCCAAUGGUUCAGAUUGUCUUCUCAAUGCAGCCGUAGAGAACCCAUUUUAGGUGCAAACAAGUGUGUUUAUGCUCCGGAGCCAAUUGAUCUCGGCCGAGUUCUGCAAGCUGACAUAGGUUCGAAUGGCCUAAAGGUUACACUCACUACAAAUGGCCCAAUUCAGCAAGGCUUGGACUUGGGGAACUAUAUAGAAACACUUCUUCGAAAAUCAAGCAAUGACUUCAGUGUAGUUAUUUCCCAAAUGAACGGACGUAAUUAUUCGUCACACUCGUCUCACUUUUUUCAUAUUGGGAAAACAAAGAUAAAGCUUAGCCGAGGAUGGAUCACAAAGGGCAGGGAAUCUUAUUCUAAAUCGAUGCAGCUAUGUGGAUUCAGAGGAGGUGGUAACUUGGCUGCCAAGUCAUUGUUUUGGCAGUCCAGAAAAGGACAGUCAUUUGUGCUCGUUUUUGAAUCUGAGCGCGAACGAAAUGGGGCCCUCAUCCUCGCUAGAAAAUACGCUUCCGACUCCAAUGUCUUGCUUGCCGGCCCAGAUGACGACGCCUUGCUGUAAAGAAUGACGACGUGAUUUUCGACUAAUUGUGGUAGUUUUUCAGAGCUUUUUUUUUUUAUUUUUUUUUUU